AUGCCUCCACCACUCCCCUCCUCCCACCAGGGCAUGACCAAGAACCCCCUCAAGCCCAGUCGCCAUCGCCCUGGAAAGGCCGUGCCGGAAGAGGAAUCGUCAGAAGAAGAGGAAGAGGAUAAUGAGGAAACGCAAAGAGAAGAGGAACGGCGCAAGCGAAUUGAGGCGCAACGUCGACGACAGCAAGCGCCCAAAGCUAGCUCUUUCCCUGCUGCGGCGGUAGCACAAGCGACUGAAGAGGACGAUGAAGAAGGAUUCGUUACUGACGAGGAGGAUGCGCCCGCGCCCGCGCCAAAAACUACCCAAUCUACGGAUGCGAUAGAGCCUACGCCAAAACCCACACAUACACCUGCUACAGCUGAAAGUGCAGAAGAAGAGGAAGAGGAAGAGGAAGAGGAAGAGGAGGAAAGCUCUGAAGAAGAGAGCAGUUCUGAAGAUGAAGCGCCUCGCCGAAUGCUCAUCCGACCAACCUUCAUCAAAAAAGACAAGCGCAACACGACUCAAGAGUCUGCAGGCCAGACGCAAGCACAAAUCAAUGCAGAGGCAGAAGCAGAAGAAGCCAAGCGCGCUGCACAGAGACAAGAAAAAGCCGAUAUGUUAAUUCGCGAUCAACUUGAAAAAGAAGCCAUUGCACGCUCAACUGCCACUCGGGCAUGGGACGAUGACGAGCUUGUUGAAGCUGAUGACGAAGAAGCAAUCGAUGAUACAGAUGGUCUUGAUGCCGAGGCAGAGCUUGCCGCGUGGAAACUGCGUGAAUUGAAGCGUGUCAAGCGCGAGCGCGAAGCUAUUGAAGAAACAGAGAAAGAGCGCGAGGAAAUUGAGCGCCGUCGUAACCUUACGGCUGAAGAGCGGGAGCGUGAAGAUAGCGAGUUCAUUGCGAAGCAGAAGGAAGAUCGUGAUGCUACUCGUGGCCAGACGGGCUUCAUGCAACGUUAUUUCCACAAGGGUGCUUUCUUCCGCGGAGAUCUUGAGGCUGAGGGCCUUGAUCGGCGCGAGCUUAUGGGUGCACGAUUCGAAGAUGAUGUCAAUCGUGAUACCUUGCCUCAAUACAUGCAGGUUCGGGAUAUGACGAAGCUGGGCAAGAAAGGACGCACGCGCUAUAGGGAUUUGAAGACCGAGGACACGGGUCGCUUUGGUGAUGGGUUGGAGAACCGAAGACGCCGUGAUGGUCCGCCGCAGGGUGUUACGGAUGAGCGCUUUAUGCCUGAUCGUCCUGGUGAUGAUCGGGACCGUGGGCCUACGGGUGCGAAUGCCAGUGCUGUGAGACCUAAGCGGCGGUCGAGGUCGCGAUCACCACGGCGGGACCGAGAUGAUCGAGACAACGGUCGGGAGCGGAGUCGAUCCCGGGAGCGCAGGAAACGAAGCCCAUCCCCGUACGAAGAUCGAGAGAAGCGUCGGCGGACGGGUUCAUGA